UAUCCAUCUGUUCAUCUGACAGCGGCACCAGAGAUCACAACUCUCUCCUGACCACUUUUUCCUUCAAGAAAAAGAAAGAAUACUAGCGAUGCUCAGCUCUUGUUCCAAUCUUUUGCAGUCACCUGUCAGCAUAGGCUUCAUCAUGAAUCCGCCGCGUCUUCCGCUGUCGUCGAAACCCUGCAGGAUCAUGUGCUUGCGAGAAGAAGGCGCACGGAGUCCGCGGAACACACUCGAGGGCUCACGUCGGUCGGCCGAUUACCACCCCAGCAUAUGGGAUCACCAUCUCAUCCAAUCCAUUGAAAGCUCCUACUCCGACGAAAGGUUCACUGCGGACCUGGACGAACUGAAGCUGGAGGCCAAGUACUUGCUGGAAUCAUACAAGGAACCCUCGGCUCAGCUUCAUCUCAUUGGCUCGAUGCAACGCCUCGGUGUGGCGUACCACUUGGGCGAGGAGAUCAACGAGUCCUUGGGGAAAAUCUACACGAAUGGCUUGUGGCCCAACCACGACGUGCACCAGACUGCCCUUGGCUUCCGCCUCCUUAGAGAACAUGGACACAGUGUGCCCUCUGACGUGUUCGAGAAGUACAGAGAUGAGAAAGGAUUUAAGAAAUGCCUAGCCCGUGACGUCAGAGGGCUGCUUAGCUUAUAUGAAGCAUCCCACUUCGCCAUCGACGGAGAGGAAAUUUUAGACGAAGCCAAUAAAUUCAGUGCUAUGCAUCUGAAGUUAUUGGAAAAGCAAGUUGACCCGCAUGUCGCAGAGCAAGUGAGACAUUCCCUAGAAAUUCCUUUGCGUUGGAGGAUGCCAAGGCUGGAGACAAAGUACUUCAUCGACGUCUACGACCGGCAAGAGUGUAGAAACCCGGUCCUCCUGAAGCUGGCUAAGUUAGAUUUCAACAUUGUGCAAUCGAUACAUCGAGAGGAGAUGAGGGAGCUCUCCAAGUGGUGGAAUGAACUGGGUCUGGCGCAGAAGCUCAAGUUCUCCAGAGACAGAUUACUCGAAAAUUAUCUGUGGGCUGUCGGGAUCGCCCACGAGCCCCAAUUCUCCAAGUGUAGAGUGGGUCUCACCAAGCUGAUCUGCAUUCUCACAGUCAUCGAUGACGUAUAUGAUGUCUAUGGUUUGCCUGAAGAAGUCAAGCUCUUCACGGCAGCUGUCAAAGCUUGGGAUCUCGAGGCUAUGGAUACCCUUCCGGAUUACUUGAAGUGCUGUUACCUGGCCUUGCACAACUUUGUCAAUGAGACUGCUGCUGAUAUUGAGAAGGAUCAUGGGUGGGAUGCAACGGCCUUGUUUAGGAAAGAGUGGGAGAGUCUCUGUGAAGCAUACUUAACCGAGGCAGAAUGGUUUCACAAAGGCUACAAACCU